AUGGCGAACCAGUCUUCGGGGCAGAAUGCGCCAGCAGCUCCGCCAUUGUUCCCUUCGUGUGCGAUAGUUCAUCCGCUGGUUCUGCUGUCCGCGACCGAUCACUACAUGCGAGUCGCCAAGGAUACAAACAAGCGCGUGGUUGGAGUGCUUCUGGGAGCAAGAGAGAUAGCGGGGGAGCGUGACUCAUGGAGGCUGUCUACCCACGAGAACCAGUUUGCGUUGCCUUUCGAAGAGGAUGAAAAUAAUCCCGGAAUCUGGUUUCUUGAUCACAAUUACUUGGAAAACAUGUUUGGAAUGUUCAAGAAAGUGAACGCACGUGAAAAGAUAGUUGGAUGGUACAGUACUGGUCCUAAAAUCAGAGCUUCAGAUCUUGAAAUCAACGAAGUCUUCAAGAAAUACACCAAGAAUCCAGUUCUGGUCAUCAUCAAUGUUCAGCCCAAGGAUGAGUUAGACAUUCCAACUGAUGCAUACAUCUCGAUCGAGGAAGUCAAGGACGACGGCACCCCUACCAGGAGAUCCUUUCAACAUCUCCAAAGUGAAAUUGGAGCGGAAGAAGCUGAAGAGAUUGGUGUAGAGCAUUUAUUGCGAGACAUCAAGGAUGCUUCAGUCAGCACCCUAGCCGAGCGUGUGCACUCAAAACUGAACUCUCUAAAAGGAUUGAAGGCUCGACUCGAAGACAUUCAUGCCUACCUGAAGCUUGUUGCCGAUGGAAGCAUGCCUGUAAAUCAUGAAAUUACGUAUCUCAUGCAGGAGGUGUUCAAUCUGUUGCCCAAUCUGAACGUGGAAGAGUUGGUCAGUCGUCAUGACUUCGAUCUGCAGGUCAUCUAUAUUUCCUCUUUGAUCCGUUCAGUCCUUGCCCUUCACAAUUUGAUCAACAACAAGAUCGCAUUGAAGGAUGCGGAGAACGAAUCUGCAGACGAUGCGGCCGGCAAAGAAAAGAACGAAAAAGACAAAAACUCCAAAGAAUCCUCGGAAGAGAAGGACAAGGUGAAGUGA